AUGUCGAAUCAUUAUGGUACCACCUGCAGCCAACACAAGACAGCCUACAGCAGACAUAUAAAUAUAUAUAUACUUGAAUUUGGCAAUUGCGUUGAAUCCUUCACCAACAAGAGACAAGAGGUUCACCACAAACACAAAUCCAACUACGGAGUUCAAGACGCCUCAACUGGUGAUAACAGAUCCAAAAACAAAAAACGUGAUAGUGAUUUAGUGAAGGGCUAUCACACCGUAGAUGAUCCCGAUGGCAUCCUUCGUACUCUUGACUAUACCGCUGAUGACAUGUUCACCCUCGGGUUCAACACAGUCGUGGAGAAGCAAGAAACUCCAAUUUAUCCAGCUCCAGCUGCAUACUCUGCCCCAGUACAGAAUGACCAGCAAAUAUUGAUAAACAAAGAGAAUGCGGAGGGCCGAAAAGUGAAUCUGUUCUGGUUAGAUCAAGAAAAAGCGACUUGUUUCAUCACUUAUUCGCACAACAAUCCAAUAAGCUUCAGCAAAGCAAAGCUGAAGCACUGA